CCUAUAUUAAUGUCACGUGAAAACACUGAAGGUAUGUGGAGAUGCAGUGUAGAGGGCCAGUGUCAUCACGUGCAGCGAGUUCAGAUGGACUGGGGACAGCAAUUGUGAGUCCAGCUGCGCUCGCUCUCCUGCAUCUCUCUUUGCCAAGCAGCUUUCACACGGGACAGCAAGCUCUGAGGACACAAGCUCGAGAAUCUUAAGCCAGCUCACCUCGCAAGUUCCAGGCAGGGGCCCCGCUCUAGGACAGUUGCAAUGCCACAAAACAAUACUUUGAAAGGAAACCGUGGAAAUUCUGAACUCAGUGAGGAAGAAUGGCCACGGUCCAAGGCUGGGAAGAAUCUUGCUCCAGGCCUCGCUUCUCUGCAGUGGAGUCCAGGGCCUUUGGGAAAAGACCUCUCCACCGGGUCCCGAUUAGACAUCGAUGCUUUGAAUGACCAGGGGGACCUGGUCGCCAAGGCAGGAACCAAGCUUUACCAUCGUCGGUGGGUCAUGCUCUUUCUCUUCAGCGCCGUCUCAGGCAGCAAUGCCUUCAUGUGGCUCCAGUACGGCAUCAUUAGCAACAUAUUUAUGCGCUUCUACAACAUUGACACCCUGGCCAUUGACUGGUUGUCCAUGAUCUACCUUCUUACUUACAUUCCACUUAUUCUGCCCAUCAUCUGGCUCCUGGACAACAGGGGCAUCAGGGAAGUUGUCCUCGUUGGGUCAGCUUUUAACUGCAUUGGUGCUUGGAUAAAGCUGGGCAGCGCCAGUCCUGAUAUGUUCCCAGUCACCUUUUUCGGACAGUUUGUCUGCUCCAUAGCCACGGUGUUUGUUCUCGGCAUUCCUUCCUACCUUGCCUCAGUGUGGUUCGGAGAGGAAGAAGUUUCAACUGCUUGUUCCAUUGGAGUUCUGGGAAACCAGGUUUGUCUGAAAAUAUGAAAUUAAGAAGUCAGAAUUAAAUCCUAAACUGAGUCUGCAGCUGUCUGUAGAUUAAUCGGAGUAGCGGUGCAAGAGUCCAGAAAAAAAAAAUGCGUUAACUGUAUGUUAAAAUUUCCUAUUUAGAUGUUUAAAUGAUUUUUGAGAGUUUUUCUUUGUGCAAAAAGGUACAGCUGGUA